GUCCCCUUUCAGACUGUUUUGGUCUUUUCGCUGUUAGCAACGGAAAGAACCUGAGAUAGCUGUAAACCUUAUUUUGAGAUAAACGAUUUAUUUUGUUAGAAUUACACAACAAAUUGGCAAGAGGUGUAACACCCUUGUUUAUUUUGGAAGAGUAAUUGAGGCUUGUUGUCUUUUUAAAACAUUAUUUUUUUCUGUUUUAAUAGGAAUUGUACAGAUUGCUAAUUUAGAUAGCAACUGUUAGCAAGCUAGCUUCUUAGCAUAGCAUCCUCCUCAAGAGGCACGUUGACGUUACCCUGUUAGCUAGCCACAUCAGAGGAUCGCUAACGUUUGCGAGCUGUCACAUAGUCACACAUCGUUGAGAAAUUGCGGUGUGAAGCUGGUCGUUUUAAGACGCGGAGUUUUAUGGGAUCACCAUGUCAAUGAAGGCCGGUGGAAAUCGCAGCAAGCCCGGCGGUGGCAACACCUCUAGUGCCGCCACCGCCUCUGGUGCCGGAGGAAGCGGUGGAGGACGACAGAAUCUGGGCAGGGGAAGACACAGUGGUAAAGGUCCCGCAGCAGUCAUUUUCAAUGGUGUAUAUGCAAAUAUGAGGAUGGUCCAUGUCUUGACUUCAGUGGUGGGGACCAAGUGUGAGCUGAAAGUGAAAAAUGGAGCAGUCUAUGAAGGAGUAUUUAAGACAUACGGUCCAGAGUGUGACCUGGUGCUGGACGCAGCCCACAGAAAGAGCCCAGAGCCGAGCAUAGCUCCCAGGAAAGAGGAUAUUGUGGAGAGCAUCAUUUUCAAGGCCUCAGAUGUCGUAGUGGUGACCUUCAAAGAUGUGGACCUGAAUUUCGCCAGGAAAGUCUCCUCUGAUACAGACAACUUCACAGAUGCAGCAGUGAGCAGUAAGAUCAAUGGUGAGCAUAAAGAGAAGGAUCUUGAGCCCUGGGAUGGAGGAGAGACCCACAACUCUGACAGCCUGGAGUCUCUGGAUACAGAUGUGUCAAAUGGCUGGGACCCCAAUGACAUGUUCAAGUACAACGAGGAGAAGUAUGGGGUCUUGUCUACAUAUGACAGCAGCCUGUCCACAUAUACGGUCCCCCUGGAGCGAGACAACUCAGAAGAGUUCCAGAAGAGAGAAGCGCGUGCUGCCCAGCUGGCAGAGGAGAUUGAGGCCAGUGCCACAUAUAAAGCCCGUGUGGCCCUGGAGAACGACGAACGCUCUGAGGAGGAGAAAUAUACUGCUGUCGUGCGUGGGGAAAGGGAGACUCAUACACUUAGCAGAGAGAACAAGUACAUUCCUCCAGGUCAGAGGAACAGGGAGGCGAUGUCCUGGGGACCGGGACGUCAGAACUCACCUCGUCUGGCUCAGAGCUCAGGUGGACCCCCGACUCCUCGACCAGGACCUCACGACUACAGUCCCGGGGCCGACCAGAGGGUGGUUAACGGAGGUUCAUCCCAUUGGCCCUCACCCUGUCCGUCUCCUUCCUCCCGCCCCCCUUCUCGUUACCAGUCUGGCCCCUCCUCCCUGCCUCCUCGGGCGACCACGCCCACCAGGCCACCCUCCAGACCCCCCUCUAGACCUUCCAGGCCUCACUCUCAUUCAUCCCACCCCUCCUAUCCCUCCUCCUCAUCCUCCUUUUCCCACCAUGGGCCCACGUCGCCAGCCUCCACUCUGCCCAAACGCAUGUCUUCAGAAGGCCCACCCAGGAUGUCUCCAAAGUCCCAGCGGACGCCUCGUGCUCACAGAGUGCCACCCUGCCGGACCCCUGGAGCCCCAUCCGGAGUGGAUUUGAUUUCCCACAAUGCUCCUGGAGAGGUCCCAGUGACUCCACCGACCAGGAGCAGCUCCUCUGGAGGGACAUGGUCCUCUGUGGUUAGUGGAGCUCACAGACCACGCUCCCCCCGACAGAAUAAUAUGGGUGGAGCCUGUUCCCUCCCAGCACCCCAGACAGGAACAGCUCCUGUGGAAACUGUUGCUGCAGCGACAUCAGCUUCCUCUCCUACUGCUGGUAGCCCCGCCCCCAACAUGGUUGCCUCUUCUUCAGCAGAUGCAAAAGAGUGUCGUGUCCAGGAGACGAGACAGACAUCCCCGACUGCAAACAAGGAAAACAUCAAGCCCCUGGAUAGCUCACCUAGUAUCACCAGAACAGUCUGUAAAGGACCCCCCUCUAUGGCACAAGACCACAGAAAACAAAUAGAUAAUUUAAAGAAAUUUAGUGUUGAUUUUAGGUUGCAGUCUACUUCAAACCCAGAAGCUGCUUUUGACCCGAUGAUGACCAAGCCUCCCAGAGAUCCAGCAGACAAGCCGAAGGACCUCCCCCUGGACAAAGCCUCCACAGUGGGGCGGGAGGGCACUGAAGACGGUGUUGUGGUGAUUGCUGCCGGCGCCCCCGUUGGCGCCCCUGCUCCAUCCACCACAAACGCCAAUAAGCCCGGCAGCCCUGCUGCGCUGUCCCCGUCUCCAUCAGCCCCUGACCAAAAGAGGGCGGGACAGGACGUGACAUCACAGGGAGUUCAGACGACAGCCACGUCCUCCUUCAGUGGACCCAAGCAUGAAGAGAAGGAGGAGAAAAAGGAGGCAGUACAAGAUCAAGUGAGAAAAUCAACCUUGAACCCAAAUGCCAACGAGUUCAAACCCAGGUUCAAUGUGCAGCCCAAACCAGCAAACACCCCGACGCCUCCCCGGCCUCAGGGCCAGCCCAGCCCCUCCAUCGUGGUCCAGCAGCCUCAGACUGUCUACGGCCAGACCGUCUGCUUCCCCCAGAUGUAUCCCCUCACACCAGUCAGCCCUGGAGUGCAGAAAAGCAUAAUAUGGAAGUCUCCAGCUAUGUACCAGGUUCAGAUGCCUCAUAUGACAGUCAGUCAGUCUAAACCCUACAGACCAGGUAAAGUACCCAACAUGCCCCAGCAGAGGUCAGACCAGCACCACCCGCAAGGCACGCCCACCAUGAUGCACCCAGCGACGGCCGCAGGACCCCCUAUUGUAGCUCAGAGCCCCGCUUACUCUGCCCAAUACUUCACCUGCAGCCCGCAGCAGUUCACCAGUCAGCCACUGGUCCAGCAGAUGACACAUUACCAGUCACAGGCGCAGCACGUGUUCAGUCCGGUGAUGCAGGGCAGUGCCAGGAUGAUGGCGCCUCCCACACACGGCCAACCCACGCUCGUCUCUUCCUCAACUACACAGUACCCGGAGCAGACACACACCAUGUAUGUGUCUCAAGGGCCAAUGCCUCAGCAGUACUCCCACCCCAACGCCACCUUGCACCCUCACCAACAGCAUCCCCAGCCCUCUGCCACACCUACAGGCCAAGGCCAGCAGGGUGGUCCACAACAACACGGAGGUCCUCCUAACCACCCAGCUGCCAGCCCAGUCCAGCAGCACCAACAGCACCAGCAAGCAGCAGCAGCGGCAGCAGCAGCCCAGGCCCUCCACCUGGCCAACCAGCCCCAACAGCAGCAGAUGUACUCUGCCUUGGCCCCCACUCCUCCCUCCAUGACCCCGGGGCCCAAUCCCCAGUCUCCCCAGGCCUCGUUCCCCUCUGCCCAGCAGACUGUCUAUAUCCACCCGCAGCAGGUGCAGCACGGCUACAACCACAAUCACAUGGCACACGUGCAGCAGGCCCAUAUGCAGUCUGGUAUGGUGCAGUCUCACCACCCGGGGCAGACCCACCCCACUAUGAUGCUGAUGGCUACCCAGGGUCCUCCAGGCGGUCCGCAGCAAGCCAUGCCCCAGAAUGCCCUCAACCCCAUACCCGUUUCCUCCACCACACAUUUCUCCUACCUGGCACAUCCACAAGUGCAAGCCCAUCAUCAGCAGCAGCUGUAGAUAGAGGGCACCAGUGAGCCGAGGGACUCGCUCUGCGUCACGCUUCUCAACCAGAGCCUUCAUAACCAGGCGAUGAAGAGAAUCAGAGCCCUCCCUCCCUCUCCUCUCCUCUCCUCUCCUCUCCUCUCCUCUCCUUCCCUCCCUCAUCCUCACCAGACAUGCUUCACAUCAGCUUUUCUUUCUUCCCCUCCCUCCCUUCCAGACUAGGCAAUAAGAGAAUGUCCAUCAGGUUGAUGCAGUGACAUGUUUUAACAAGCUAGAGAGUUUUAACAGGCAAGACUGCUCAUAUUCAGCCUCCUCCUCCCCGAUCACAUGCAGACAUCUGCAAACACACACACACACACACAGAGAUGAACACACAAACAGAACACCCACACGCUUUCAGGGGUCCCAAAAUUGCAACUUGAGUCAGCUUGCCAAGUAAGACGUGAAAGAGAGAAUGAGAGAAACUAAUCAGAGAGUGAAGAGGAAAAUUCAACUGGAACUUGUAUUUUGUCUGCACCUUGUUCUAAAAAAGAAAAAAAAGAGAGAAUCUUCCAACAUUUAGACAGUAUUAAUCUUACUGUUUAUUGCUGCUGCUAUGUGCUGCGUUUGUUGACAGGUUUCUAACCAAACUAAAAAAGCAAGGUGACGAGAAGCUUCCUGUGAAUUAAACCUGUUUUGGCAGCCAAGAGGACAGGAGAAACGUUAUUUAUGAAAUUAUAAUGGCUGAGGUGAUCAGAUCCCACUUCUCACCCGACCCUUAUGUAACUUUUAAGUUAAAACUUUUACUUUGUAGAUAAUAUAAAUAAUUUAAAAAAUGAGCAAAAAAAUUUAAAAACAAUAAAAAAGUUUUAAAAACUGAAAUGCUUACUGUGGUUUCAUUGCACUGUUCCUUCAUCACCAUGAACAUCUGACGUUUUUCAAUCUAUCCCGCUCACGAUGUCCUGCUGCCGUAAAUACUCAAAGGGGCACCAACUUUGUGUUUGUUCAGAAAGUGACCUGAAGCUGAAGCUACACCGGUUUGGGAAGUCCGAAGGUAUUCAGAGACCGACUAAUGCAACAUCGUUCCUUUGUCUUUCCAACAGCUGAAACACAAAUGUAAUCUGCAACUAUCUGGAUCGAUAAAUCAUAAAGUAAUUUAUCAUUUGCUUAUUCCAGUUUAUAGACAAGGAUUUAUGUCUUUGUAAGAAAACUAGUAAAUUCGAACUUGCGUUUUAAUAGCCUGGGAAGAUUUUUAUUUUUCUCUGAGGAGCAAAAGCUGCUUUUGAGUUUUUCUCAAUGCCCACUAAGGUUGAGAAUCCAACCCUGUGGCUGAAUGCAGUUUUUAUAUACGACUCCAGUGGCCAGACAUCUGAAGAGUUAGUUAGAAUGAGUAGUGUUCAAGGGGCGGUUUGGAGGGCAUGAGCUGGGACCAGGCUGAUCCUCUAGGGUGGCCUUAACGCCACCUCCUAGGUGAGCGAAGCUACCAGACCUGGAACGGGAAGGAUGGUGUCGGGGCCGGUGCGGAGACCUCCUUCCCCACAAACUGGUGGUAAAGAGCGGCAGACUUGACUUUGGCCGGUAGGAGAGAGAGAGAACCUCAAUCUUGUAAACAAGAUUGUUGUGAGUUUAGUCUUUCGGCGGACUGGAUAUACUCGAGGUUUUUAUGAUCUGUCUAAGAUCAGGCUAAGGAGGACAGCUUGGUCCCCUGGAGCCAGCAGUUUCCACUUCCCAAUGUCGUUCUUUUCAGCCGGGGAAAGUCUCCUUGAAAAGGAGGCGCAGGGGAGCUUCUGGUCAUCAGCAGCCCAAUUGGACAAGAUGGCUCCAGCCCCCAACGUCAAGUCAACUCGACAGCAAACUAUCUCUCAGGGUCAGGAACGUGAAGGAUGGGGGCAGAUGUAAACCGGGCCUGAAGGUUCUGGAAGGUCUCCUAGGGCUAGUUUCGUGGUCUGGCUCAAGAACAUCACCCACUACUGGUGAGCCCUGACUUUUGCUGGACAUCGGUAAACAAAGUACUUAAAAAAAAAAAAGGUCACAGUAGUCUACACUUUGUCAUGAAGAAGUCGUAGAGUAGAAUGCUGCUGCGUUUUGUUUCCAGACUUCAUGACCACGCUGAAAACAAAACACGACGUAAACAUUUAACAUGAUAAACUCAGGCUGGUGGAGGCUACAUUUGGAUUCUAGAUCCAUCAGAAUUACUAGAAGUACCAGACGGCCUAAAAAAAAGGACCAAUAAUCUGUAAAGGUUAUUGGUAUACAUCAGCAGGUAUUUAUUUUGGAGAACAAGGCGACACAGACUUCAGAGCUUGCUCAUUUUUUUUGGUUAGAUUUAUUUUACAAAAGUCAAAUAUACAGUUGAUAUAUAUUUAAUAUUAUUUAGAUGCUUAUAACAAAGGGAUGCAGAUGAAAUGACAGAUUUGAAAAAGGUUUUUUGUGGUUUUCAUUGGCUGUUGAGAUGGACUGGAAUGUUUACAGUGCUAAGUUAAACAGAAUGAACAGUAUUGAGAACACAUCACAUUCAUCAACUGGACAUUUAAAAACAAACAUACGCGGGAGACUAGAGGCGUUGCUGGAGCGGAUGCUGAGGAUGAAAGACACCUGAGGUACACGGGGAUGUUAAGGAAGUGUUAACUCGAUUAUUGCAGACACAUUGGAUUGACAACCAUGACACAAACUUAAAAGCCAUAAAACUGUAGGAAAAUAUGGUAGUCCUGGUUUUAAAUAUAGCAUUUUUCUCUGGGAUUUCUGGCAUUUAGGAAAUGUUUUUCUUCAGUCGAUGAGCGGAGAGUAAACACUGAAUUCUCACUCACUUAAUUCCUCCACCUAGAAGCGUCUGAUCGCUUCUUUCAUACAUAGAAUGGUGUGAAGCGCUGGGCAUCUAUCAGAUAUUGCACUAAACAAGUUCUGCACCACAUCACACCCUGAGCUUUGGGGGGAAAAGGGGAAAAGCAACAGCAGCUUUCUGGCAAAGGCACAGUCAUUCUCCCUAAAAAAUAAAACUAGUGAUCAGCAAAGAGAAGGGACUGAUUAGUCAAAAGAGUUAUUGUUACCGUUGCUUUCCUUUAGCAGAAUUAAAACAGAGACGUGAUGAGGGAUUUGUUUGGACUCGGGCACAUUAAAAGGCAGG